AUGGAGCAGCUCAGAUUACAAGCAGUUUGCUUUCUUCUUGAGGAAGUAAAGACUUCUAUCGAGGAACUGCAAGAUAAAAAUACAGAUAAGGCCAGAGUUGCAGCACAUGGAAAUGUCAUAAAAUUGGCGCGGGCAAUCGAAAACCCCAAUGACUUGAUUUUGAAUCUUUUCUUCUCUCCUACUCAACUUAUGGCCGUCAAGGUCGGUCAUGAUGUCGGUCUUUUUGCAGCCCUUGUGGGGUCAAACACAGCAGUCACCAGCAAGCAGUUAGCUGCAGCGAGUGAUGCCCACCCACUCCUAAUAGAGCGGAUAAUGCGUGUUCUUGUUGCAAUGGGAUUUGCUGAAGAGCAAGAAGGUGGAACGUACCUCGCAAACGCGCUCUCAAGGGAGAUGACAGAAAAAGCAUCUACCAGUGUAAUUGAAACACUAUUUACAGAUGUUGCUCCUGUUAUCCAAAAGACACCAGAAUUCCUCCGAAAGUCUGGGUAUCAAAACCCUGAAAAUGGCCGUGAGGGGCCCUUCCAAUACACUUACAAUACCAGCCUGUGCACAUUCGAUUGGCUUGCGGAGAAUCCUAUUAUCCAGGCACGCUUUCACGCUUAUGUAGACGGUGUUCGAUCAAAUCGGCCAUAUUGGUUCGACUGGUUUCCGGUGCAAGAGAGGAUGUUGAAUGACUGUGCUAAAAACCCAGAUGAGCCGCUUCUUGUUGAUAUUGGUGGUGGAACUGGGCGGGAUAUCUCGGCUUUCCGGGAUAGAUUUCCAGAUGCAAUAGGGAGGCUCUUCCUUGAGGAUCUUCCCUCAGUGAUUGACCGAAUUCAAUCAGUGGAUCAAGUAAUAGAACCGAUCAAGUACAACAUAUACGAUCCCCAGCCUGUUCAUGGAGCCCGCGUGUAUUAUCUCAAAUUUCUACUCCACGAGUUUGAUGAUGAAAACUGCAAAGUUGCGCUUCGAAAUAUCACAGCCGCAAUGAAAAGGGGUUAUUCGAAACUUGUGAUCGAUGAGUUCGUUCUUCCAGAUCAAAAUGCUGGAAUCUUUUAUUCUAUGCUUGACAUGGGCUUGAUGGCUUUUAGGUCAGGCAUGGUGCGUACGCAAACACAAUGGACUACUAUUCUCCAGUCUGUGGGGUUACAUGUCAAUGUCAUCUGUUUUCCAGAUGGUAAUGGCCCCGCGAUUAUUGAGGCGGAAUUGUUAGGCGAAGACUUGAGUUAG